AUGCAGAAAGUCUCAGUGCUGUUCUUCCUGGCCUGGGUCUGCUUCCUGUUCUAUGCUGGCAUUGCACUCUUCACCAGUGGCUUCCUGCUCACCCGUCUGGAGCUCACAAACCAUAGCAGCUGCCAAGAGCCCCCAGGCCCUGGGCCCCUGCCCUGGGGGGGCCGAGGGGAGCCUGGAGCCUGCUGGAUGGCUUCCCGCUUCUCUCGAGUUGUGUUGGUGUUGAUAGAUGCUCUGCGGUUUGACUUUGCCCAGCCCCAAGGCUCACACGUACCUGGGGAACCUCCUGUAUCCCUGCCUUUCUUGGGCAAACUGAGCUCCUUGCAGAAGAUCCUGGAAAUUCGGCCUCACCAUGCCCGGCUCUAUAGAUCCCAGGUUGACCCUCCUACCACCACCAUGCAGCGCCUCAAGGCCCUCACCACCGGCUCACUGCCUACCUUUAUUGAUGCUGGCAGUAACUUUGGCACCUAUGCCAUAGAGGAAGACAAUCUCAUUAAGCAGCUCAUCAGUACAGGAAAGCGUGUGGUCUUCAUGGGAGAUGAUACCUGGAAAGACCUUUUCCCUGGAGCUUUCUCCCAAGCAUUCUUCUUCCCAUCCUUCAAUGUUAAAGACCUGCAUACAGUGGAUGAUGGCAUCCUGGAACACCUCUACCCAACUAUGGACAGUGACAAAUGGGAUGUCCUGAUUGCUCACUUCCUGGGUGUGGACCACUGUGGCCACAAACAUGGCCCUCACCACCCUGAAAUGGCCAAGAAACUUAGCCAGAUGGACCAGGUGAUCCAGAACCUUAUGGAGCAUCUGGAAAAUGACACACUGCUGGUUGUGACUGGGGAUCAUGGGAUGACCAUGAGUGGGGAUCACGGAGGGGAAAGUGAGCUGGAAGUCUCAGCUGCGCUCUUCCUGUACAGCCCCACAGCUCUCUUCCCCAGCACCAUGCCAGAGGAGCCAGAGGUGGUCCCUCAGGUCAGCCUUGUGCCUACACUGGCACUACUGCUGGGCCUGCCCAUUCCAUUUGGGAACAUUGGGGAGGUGAUAACGGAGUUGUUCUCAGGAAGCAAUAACUCCCAGCCCCACUCCUCUGCUCUGGCCCAAGCCUCGGCUCUCCACCUCAAUGCCCAGCAGGUGUCCAGGUUUCUUCACACCUACUCAGCAGUUACUCAGGAUCUCCAAUUUAAGGAACUUCAGCGACUGCAGAACCUCUUCUCCAAGGCCUCUGCUGACUACCAGCACCUUCAGCAGAACCCCCAAGGCACAGAGGCAACACUCAAGACUGUGAUUGCUGAGUUGCAGCAAUUCCUACGGGGAGCUCGGGCCAUGUGCAUCAAGUCCUGGGCUCAGUUUUCACUGAGCUUCCUGCUCCUGCAUCUGCUUGCUGCUGGGAUACCUGUCACCACCCCUGGUCCUUUUAUUGUACCGUGGAAGGCAGUUUCUGCUUGGGCCCUCAUGGCCACACAGACCUUCUACUCCACGGGCCACCAGCCUGUCUUUCCAGCCAUCCAUUGGCAUGCAGCCUUCGUAGGAUUCCCAGAGGGCCAUGGUUCCUCCUUCUGGCUUCCUGCUUUGCUGGUGGGAGCCAACACCUUUGCCUCUCAUCUCCUAUUUGCAGUAGGUUGCCCGUUGCUCCUGCUCUGGCCCUUCCUGUGUGAGAGUCAUGGACCUCAGAAGAAGCGGCAGACUCCAGGAAAUGAAGCUGAGACCAAAAUUGGGCCUGAGGAGGAAAAGGAGGAGCCGCUGAUGGAGAUGCGGCUCCGGGAUGCACCUCACCACUUCAGUGCAGCGCUGCUGCAGUUGGGCCUCAAGUACCUCUUUGUCCUGGGUAUUCAGAUCCAAGCCUGCACCUUGGCAGCUUCUAUCCUCCGGAGACAUCUCAUGGUCUGGAAGGUAUUUGCCCCCAAGUUUAUUUUUGAGGCUAUGGGCUUCAUUGUGAGCAGCGUGGGACUUCUCCUGGGCAUAGCUUUGGUGAUGCGAGUGGAUGGUGCUGUGAGCUCUUGGUUCAGACAGCUAGUUCUGACCUGGCAGAGCGGCUAUCUUCGAAUACUGCAGACCGUACAAGGGCAGUUGAAAGACAGCGGCGAAUACACGAAACUCAAGUUCCCUGAUCAAGCAGCGCGCGGGGCAGCCCUUCCGAAGGGGGAGACCUGCUUAUGUGGCCGCGAGAACGGCGGAGGUGCAGGCUGGGGAGCCGCGCUUGGCUCCACGUCCCUCUUCCUGGAAGCUCUGGCCACUUCCAAAGUCAAACAGGCGGACGCACGAGCCCAGCACCCGCUGCCCCGUCCCCGCUCUUCCCCCGUCUCCCUCACGGGUCCCCGCAGAGUCGUCUCUUCCCCGAGUUUCCCACGGGGCCCCACUCCUGAGGUUGACCAACCACAGCCGCCAGGCCCGUGGGCUCCGCCAACCAGAGGCGCGGUGGAAAGCCGGGGCGAGCGGCGGGAAGGGGAGGAAAUUCGCUUUUCCUGGAAAAGGUGGGGCGGCCGGACGGAGCUGUAG